UACGGAGUGAUCUCAGCAGUAAAGGAUGGUGUUACAGGUUAAAUAUACGAACAUUACAUUAUAUACAGACUAUCCUGACUGGAGCAGGAACAGACACCACAGGCCAUUGUAAGGUGAGCGAUUUCUCACACUACCCCUCCCUGUAUCACGUUUGUUGUCGAGAUUCGGUAAUGACCAGAGCUACGCUGGCCGUAUUGGACUGACAUCCCUAGUGAUAUAGUAGAUCACGGAGAUCGAUGAUUACCUUUUACCGUAUCAAACACCUGGACAUGUAAGCAUGUUACACUGGUAUUACCUUCACACUUGAUAGUUUUGUUUGAUACGGUGCAAAAACAUUCCAAGUGUGAAAACAGAAAAUAGGAACACUAUACGAAUUGUGAGUAUUUUGUUUCAUAUAAAUCUACAUACCUCUACAAAUCUUUAUAGUUAAUACAUAUGCAUAUUUUACGAAAACAAACUUAAUUUCGCUAUGAUGUGGCCCCCGCCUGAUCCAAAGGAAGUAAGUGACGGUAAUCCAAAAAUUCAAUGUAGUCUCCAUGACGACUAUUGUGUAAUCGCCGCGUGUGAAACGUGUGACGACAGACUCGUUUGUAUUCAGUGUAUGAACUCCUCAUGUUUUGGACACACUCUUUGCAAUUUGGAAGAGGUUGCCGAACGUCGGAAACAAAAUAUAUCCUGUCUACUGAGAGACGCGGAGGUACUUGCUAUUCCAAAAUUAGAAGUCCAUCUCAACCAGGUGAGGAGAAAACGUGUCUUGCUUUCUACGCACUGUGACGACGUCUCCCGAAACAUUCGGAAACAGGCACAAGAACUGAAGAGAAGCGUUGAUACAAUUUGUGAAAAGCUUGUAGAAGAAUGUGCUGUGUUUCAAAAACGGAAGGACGACAUUUUGAAAACAUUCGAAGACAACAUCUCAAAAGAUCAUGCUGAAUUACUUGAUUCCAUUUCUAAGGUAAAGAAUAUAAUCUCUUCCUGUAAAUUACAAGACAUAUUGCUACAUGAAGACGUCAUUUCCGUACUUUCUAAACCCCAGUCAAAGACAUGCGUCCCAGUGGUGGCAGCGGUGUGGUUUACACCUACGGAUGUCGACAUGGUGAAGCUGAACCGCCUGUUCGGUACCAUGCAGCGAUCGGUGCCCAUAAGCGAGUUUGAACACAUACCAAGCGAAGUCAGGUCCAUAUGUAUUGUUGGCGAACAAGCGUGGAUUACCUGUGACGGCAACAAAGAGUUGUACCUCACAAACAAAGAGGGGGACUGUGUACGGAGCAUCAAGGUGUACACCUACUCCAUGAACCAGAUCAUGGACAUCUGCCUGGGAGCAGACGAUAGCGUUUGGGUUGCGCGUCGUGACGGAAUAAUGACGCAGCUAAUGCCACAUGACGUCAGAGAAGACCGAUUUUUCAUCGGAGUAAACGCCACGGCCUACAGUUUGUACGUGUUCAAUGACGGGGAUAUCGUCAUUGGUUUAGUGGAAGGAGUCUUCCGAAUGAGAGGGAAGCUUGUCCGCUAUAGCCCGAAAGGGGAAGUUCUAGAUCGCGCAGUUCGUGACAAUGAUGGAAAUCUCUUAUUCUCCACUCCCAAUAAAGUUCGAGGAUGUGAUGAAUCGCGCGAGAUCGCUGUCGUCAAUCUAGACAACAAGGGACACCACUCCGUGGUGAUUUUGGACGCGGAUAUGAAAUUCAAGUUAAACUUCAAAGGUAAAACACCAUUUCAUCCAUCAGAUGUCUGUUUUGAUUCUGGACAAAACAUUUUAAUAUCUGACCGAGCCAGUAUGUCGGUUAUGUUGCUCGACUCUCACGGUCGUAUGUGUCGUAAUCUACUUGUCACUACACUGGCGCCAUCUGCUAUUCGCAUACAAGGGAAUGGAGAUCUUUGGACAGGUUUCGAAAACGGAAUGGUACGAGUUUACAAAUAUGCACCUUAACUCGAACAUUAUACUACGUAUAUCUCAAAAUACUCGGGAAUCUCGACAAAUGUUCUAAAUUGAAUAUUAUAGUCUCUAACGCAAAUCCCCAAUUCAAUUCAGUGAGAUUCAUCUAAAACUUUGACGAGAAUAAAUAAGAAAUAAGGAUGGUUGUAAAAUAACUAUUUGUUUUUAUUACUGGUUACCGCCGAUUUACAGAGAAUCAUGUAUAUGGUAUAGGCCUAUAAAUAGUAUAACAUUAUGAAACAUUUUAAUGAUAAUGAUAAGCAUUAAAAUCCCAUUCUGACGGAAUGUAAGACACUAGUAACCAGAGAAACAUGGUUGCCUUAUGAGGUAUAAGAUAGGGGUUUACUUUUAUAUCAACAUGUAUUAACCAGUACUACACUACUGUAUGGCGAUCCUAUACUCUAUACAUUUUUUUCUCUUACGCCCUCCGUAAUGAAGGCGUAUUUAUCAUUACAGCGAAUAUAACAGCAUACUAGAUAUAGGAAUUUAUUGUGAAGGGUUAAAAUUACUACCGGGCGAAACUUGAUUUCACGGGCGAAGGGCCAAAGUUUGACUGGGCAAAUGUUUCCCGGUAUAAAGCAAUGGUUUUGUUUUUGUUUUAAAAGUAGUUUAGACUAAUUUUGAUUUCCAGCUUUUCAUCUCUAUCAUCGCCAAUGAGGUCAAUGAGCGAUGAGAGAACUUUAUAACAGUCUCAUUUCUUUGUUGGCAUACUGCAUUUUUCAGAGUGUUUUUCUAUCAUGCCUUGACGCGUGCAAUAGAUUAUGUUAGAUAGGUGUGCUACAAGAAAAGCGCAACUGUGAAGGUUGUAGGAAUAAUUUAAGCUGAUUGAAACCCCUAAAAAUAGGCCAAGCGUAUCUGUGGAUUUUUUUUGUCACUUGAUAUUGACGGAAAACAGGAAAAUAUCAAAACAAUAUGCAUCUUUUAAAAAGUUAAAUGUUGCCAAAGAAGUGGGGAUUUAUCUUUUAUUAUAGACCCUUUUACUGAACAGAACCUAUCAGAUAUCUAUUUGUAGGUGCUUUACUGGAAAAUACUAACAUUGUAUGAUGACAUUUUUUUAAUAAAAUUUGAAAAUGUUAUAUCACAUGCUACGAAUUGCCAACUUUGUCUAAGGUAAUAUAUUGUGGAAAUGUUUUCUGUUUCCUACUUCUAAUAUUCAGAUACAAUGUAUACCUGUCACUCUUUGUUUGGUCCAGUGAUAAUAUGGACCCUGUCAUUUUUUUUAUUUUUUUUGUACUCUGUUUCCUUAUUUCGGUUGUGUUCAUUUUUUUUAACAAAAUGUAUUACUAGGUCGGUGGUUUUUCUCCGGGAAAUCCGGCUUUCCUCCAC